GAAGUUUUUUUUAUAUUUUGUGUUUUGCAAUAUCGCUUAAUGGAUCUGGUAUUUAUUUAUAUGGUCGCAAGAAAUUGCUCCGUGUAUUCUCAAAAUUGGACGUGCAAUUAUUGCUGUAAGACAAAAUACCUGUUCAGCAAUUUUCUUGUUUAGAACAUUGCUUCUGUUGUUUCUCUGUUAAUAAAACGAAACAAAGAAGACAACAACCAAUCACCUUGGCGGUGUCGUCUUAAGGGGGGCGUUUGCACCCCAUGGUGUUAGAAAAGCGAACUAAAGCCGCCCUAUGAUGCUGAUUUGUCGUACGACUUUGGAUCGUUACUACCGUGUGUAGCGUUGUCGUUCGACUUGUUGUUUACGUUUUUAAGAAAUUAUGUCCUACGGCAGGUUGAAACGAUAUCUGAAACGACUUGUCGUACGAUAAGUCGUACGACAAAUUGUACCGUCUGUAUGGCGUUUAAGAAGUAUUUUUUAAAUAUUCGCCGUUUUGGGCUGCCAUCCCAAAUUCGCGAUUCCUAUUUGUACUACGAACACCGAUUACGUUCACGUUAGUUACUGGUUUUGGUUCAGUCUACAUGAAAAGUUAGGGCAUGGAUAGUAGUAGUUAAUUUACGGUGGGUGGAUCAAACCAUGAUAACUGAUACGGAUUGUCCUGGUGCCAACGGAGAAGGAUUCCAUUUUGAUCCAAAGAUAUGCGAAGAGAUCCAAGGAUUAGAUAUUAUAAAUACGUUUAACACACUAUAUGAAGCAAAAUUGCACGACAUUGACAACCUGGACCGAGGAGACCAUUUGGAGCUUAAAAUUCGUUUGCAACAUGAUUGGAUAAGGGAUUUAAAUGAGCAGAAUCAAAUGUUGGUGAAAGUUGUUCAGCAGCUGGAAAGAGAUACGGUUGUGAAGGUUUCCGCACUUCAGGAAAGUUUACACGCAGUUUCUUCCGCUCGUAAUGAAGCCCAGAUGAAGAUUACUGAAUUAGUUUCGCAGGUGAAAGACUUAGAGGUACGAUUAAGUGAAGGUCCAACACCGGCACUCUUCGAAGAGGCGAAUUUUAAAUUACGUUUGAAGAAUGAGGAAUUGAACUCCAUUCAAAAGAAAUUGGGAGCAGCAGAGUCCAGCCAUGUAGAACUUAAGAAGAAGUUUAGGGAGUUGGAGGAAGAGAACAAAACUUUGAAGGAUACGAUUAAUCAAGCCAACAACGAACUGGAAAAAUUUCACCAACAGGCCAACGGAUAUAUCUACGAAAAAGAGGAAUAUAAACGCAAGUAUAGGGAGGCGCAAAAGAAUUACACGAAACUGCAGGGUGAACACGCGGUUGCCAAAUUGAGUUGGGAGACCACGCGAUCAGCAAACGAUGGCGCAAUCAAAGCUCUGAAAAAUGACAAUAAAGCACUUCUGGACGAAAUACUUAAAAUUCGCCGCGAAAAUGAAUUAAUGAUUCAAGCUAAAAACGAAUCAAUUGAAGCAAUGCAUAUUUCUCUAACAGGAAACAAUCACCAAGUCAUUAGCGAGUAUUCACUUUUGGAUUCCGAAGACGAAUCCUCGCUUACAGUGGAUAUCGAUGGAAUAAUCGAGGCACCGCAAUCAACGCCAGAACCAGAACGCAAGUCGGUGAAAUGGGAUCCGGAAGUUCAUGCGACCGAAUCACACUACCAAAAUUCCAUCAAGAAUUUUCAGGUGACUGUGGGAUUAUGUGAACUUCCGGUGCGGCCUGAGAAUGACUUACAGAUGAAGAGACAAAGUUCCAAUGAGGGCUCAACGUGUCCUUCAUCAUGCGUCGGUAUUCGGCUACUUCAAAAGUUACAAACGCAGAGAGAUGAGGAAAAAGAGAAACACAAACUAGAGGUUGAUAAUUUGAAGAAAACAAUUUUAGAAUUGGAAAAUGGACUGGUUAGUUCGAAAUAUGAUGCUGGUAAAGGGUAUGAUACUUUGAACGGUAGAUUUAUAGAGUCCAAGCAUCCAUGCGAGACUUUUCGACAAUUUAUGAACGUGGAGUACACCGCUAACGAUCUACUUAUUUGCAAUGAAGAUCAUUUUCAAAAUUUAGAAAGAGAACUCCAAGAGAAGUAUGAAAUAUUAAUGGCCAAAAAUCAGAGAAGGAUAUCCGAUGUCGAUUCUCAAAACAUACAACUGAAAAAGAAAGUAUCUCAACUGCUUAAGCAAGUAAGCCUAUACGAAAACAGUAAAUUACUGAACGAAGAACUCACGGAACACUGUCAGCAAGGAAAAUGCAAAGGGGAAUUGAUCAAAUUAAAAGAUAAAUUAAUAGUCAUAAGGGAACUACUGCACCAAAAGGUGGAUCAGCAUACUCGACUAGAAACUGAGUAUCAAGAGCAAAACGAGUUACUGUCUGAGGCUAGGAGAACGCUUUUAGAAAACAAGGCCCAAUACGAAAAUGAGGUCUCUGUUUUGCAAAGCACUGUGGCAGAACUCAAAGAGCAACUUACAGUAGCCGAGGAAGCAUGUGAAAAGCUAAGGGAAGACUACAAGUUUAGCCAAACACGCGUGGAGGAAUACACGCAAUUAUACGAAAACUUGAAGGAAAAAUUGCAAUCUGCCCAAAGCGACGUAACAAAUCUAAACACUUCCAUUGGUCAAUUGCAAGCGGAUGGUAGUGAUCUUAAAAAAGAAUUGCAGAUGAAAAACGAGGAAAUUACCAAGGUGAAAGUGCAAAUGAAUCGACUCAACGCCGGCGAACAACAGGUUCUUACAUUACAAGCCGAGCUGGAAAAUGUCUUCAAACAGCUCAACUUGCUUAAAGCGAAGAACGAAGCGCUCUACAUGGAAUUAUGCGAAGUUAAGCAGGCGGCCGCCACUUACAGCCAUCGAAACAAGUCGAACGAGUUCCGUGUUAAUCAAUAUUUUCGCGAGAUUCAACUCUUGCAAAAAAUACGUACCGAAUUGGUUGCCAAAAAUCAAGCGUGUGUGGAAGAGAUUGACUACUUUAGGAGCGCUUAUUCCGAAUUGUACAAAAAAUACGAAACGGUUCUUAGAGAGAUAGAAACGCUGCGCCAUCAGACGAGGUUGCGUGGAGGAUGUCACGCCAUCAGUGAUGAAAUCGUCCACUUUCAGCAUGGAAUUGACGACGAAGCCAACGACUGCUAUUCAAUUGAUAAUGAAGAUAUGUUACCAAAUUUUUGGAUUGAGAAAGUGAACAACAUGACAGAAGAACUCGAAACGUCCAGUGAAUAUUGGGAAAGUAAAUUAUCUGACCAUUGUCUGCUUACAAAGGACCAAUAACCGUCAAUGUGUAUUGGAGGAUUGUAUUUUUGUAAAGUCAUAUUGUAAUAUUUUGUUUAUUUAUUAUAUUUUCAUUUCUUCA